CUACCGAGGCGGGCAUAUAAACAGGAUAUCAAGCAGAGGGACAAUCAUUCAGCAAGCAAUCGUCAAACGAGAAGCAUCGCACUAUCAAAUCGAGAAUCAUGGAGAACUCAUCUAUCUACGCCCACAAGAAGUUUGCCGUCAUCAAGCGGAAGCGCGAGGACAUGGAGGACGAAAAGGAGAACCUCUUCCAAGAAACUGGACACCAUCCAAUCAUUAAACGCCGCCAGAACCAAGGGUUCUUCCGGCCUUGGUUGGAUAACGAGCAGAAUCAGAAGGAACAGAGCAGCCAGGAGACAUCGAAAGCCAGCCAGAGCUUCUGCCCCGCCGCCCCUACCACGCCAGUGGUGAGCCAGUACCACGCCAACAUGGUGCGCCGUAGCCAGACUCCCCGCCAGCGCAGCCCCAAGGAGCAGCAACGCCGGGAUCGCAACACCUUGGCCUGCCUGCUCAGCCGACGGGCCAAGCAGGCCCAGGAGGAGCAGAUGGCCCAGCAGUACGAGCAGUUCCGGCGCCAGCACGCUGCCAUGCUGGAGCAGCAAGUUCGCCUGAGUCUCUACUACCGCCAGGUCCUCCAGCAGGCGGUGUUCCAGCGAGCGAUUGCCCCUGCUCCUGGCCACCUUCUGCCCCAGCAGCAGCAGCAGUUCCUUCAGCAGAUGUCCCUCUCCCAGCAGAUGCUAAUCUUUGGAUCCCAGCAGUGAAGAAACUUAAGAGCCACACAACAUCAAACAUAUUCAGAGACUAUGGACAGCCCUAUAAUGUGAUUUAGUUUAUUUAGCCCUAAUUUAUUUAUUGUUGACUUUGAAAAGAAUACCAUAAUAUAUUCCUACAUAAAAUUCAA